AUGACCACCCGCGACGUCACGUACGUCGCGCUCCACUGCGCGUCGCCGCCCGCGACCAUUGCGCUCUACGCGGGCAUUCCGACGCGCGAGCUGCAGCUGCUCGUGUCCGCUGCGCUCGAUCGCGACGGCAGCGCCUGCACGGGCUUCCGCCUCGCGCCCGCGCGGCGGCACGUGCGCUCGCGCCUCGUCCCACUGUCGGUCGCCUGUCGGGCGCCCAGUCGCCUCGUGGGACCUGUCUCGGCUCUGUUUGCGCCCUCGCCAGCUGGUUCUCAAGCAGGAGGGGACGCACUUAACGAAACAUGGCUACACUUGACGCUGACGCCACCGCGCGACAAAAGGGGCGUCGACCAACUGGAUGAAACAUGGCUACAGGCGACCCCGCAUGGCUACAAAAGUGAUGUGGACCACAUGGGUACACACGGUGCCGGGCGACGCAAAUGGAGAGACCGACCGCUCUGGUCGACGAAUACGGCGCCGGUCGACGCGCUGCGGGCGGCGCUGGAUCCAGUGCGGAAUCAGCACGAGGAGCUCGACGAGCGCUGCGUGGACGUGGCGGACCGCGUGCCGGGUGCGAAGUUCGAUCGAAAGAGCAGCAGGAGAAGGACCUGCAGCUCGGAAGAGGUCGCGGCGAUCACAGCUGGUGCCCGAGUGGCUACACUGCCGACAGGACCGAGGAACAAGCCGAGUAGACGGCAUUCGGCUGCGACGAGGCCGCUUGAGCGUGCGUUUCGUGUUCCAUCGAGCACGAACGACGGUGCUGCGCGAUCGCAGUCGUCGUUCCAGUCGACGGUCCGUGCGCUGCACGCGCUGCAGCUGCUGACGAACCUUGAGCUCGACAUUGUCGAAGCUUUGCUGGAACAGGACGAUUUGCAGGUGCUGCAUGUGUUGCGUGUCUUUGAGCAGAGUGAUGUUCGAGAUGUGACUGCGUUGCGGGACGCGCUAGUGAGCAUUGUUGAAGACAUUACAAUGGAACUGGGUGAUGACGAAAAAGUAGCAGCGGCUUUUGCCCGUGGUCUUGACGACGCUGUUCGCGAAGAGGACCAGUGGGCUGACAGCGAAGAUAACGACUGUGAGCCGUUUGGGUGGCAGCGACAUUUGUGUUUUUUACUGCGACAAUGGCAAGUUGAGCGACAGCUUACACUGGCUGACGUGGCCACAUUGCAAGUAAUGGUCAAUCAGCGUCACAACCUGAUGGAAAGCGCCUACGAAGUGUUUGCCGGUGACGGUGAUGCUAGUGAGCUAUUGGAUACGCUUCAACGCGUGGCUAAGCUCCAGCGACUGAUCGAGCAAAGUCAGGCUGGACAGAACGUUGUGAGUGGUGCCCCGGCGAGCGCCCUGAGCCUUGAAGACGUGGUACAGGCGAUGCAGCGGCGUGGUGCAGUGAAAAGUGGCGAUGCUGCUGGACUGUUGGUGCUAUUUCAUGGCGGCAACGAAGCUCUUCGAGCUGCGAACGAGGCGUUCCAGGUGGAUGGCGAUGUUCAUGAAUUGGAGGACACGUUGUUACUGGUGGUGAAGCAUGCGCGCUUCGGAUGCGAGGAAGAUAAAACUAGUUCGGCUGCUGAGAUCCAAGCUGCGUGUCGGCUCUUGGCAGAUCUUGGAAGGAAUGGACUUCUUGACCUGUGGCAGAUCCAGUUGUUGAUGUCGUUGUUGAAGUGUCGCGACCCUCGUUUCCUUGCAGCCAUUGACGUGUACCACGAAGACCAGGACAAAAGUGAGCUCGUGGACACGCUCGGAGUUUUGAUUGAGUUGGUAGCCUGGGAGCGCCACCGCCGUGCAUUGGUGCACGAUUGGAUUCGCCCUUUGGCACGAAGCGGCCAGUUACCGCACGAUGGGGCAGAACGUCUUGUGCAGAUGGUGAAGGCGCGUGAUGGUCGCGUCGUCGCAGCUCUUAUGCUUUUGCUCAGCGACAACAACAAAGAAGAGUUUGUGGACACAUUAGCUCAGCUUGCAAGUCUCGCAAGUAUGGAGCUGGGUGAUUCUGCCGAGGGUAAGAUAGGGGAAGAGUACGUCGAGCCGGGACGAACUGGAGAGAUGGGAGACAGAAAGAGUGGACCUACGUUUGAUGGGGUAUGUGAGCAAGAUGAGGAGCUGACGCGCAGCGGCGGAGAGCCACAACUGCUGGAUGUGAUCGACGUUGUAGUUGCGACAGAUGAUGUAGAGAAAUGUGCAAACAUAGAGCGCCAAGUGUUGGUCGAAGCCAUCGAUGGGAUAGAGGACGCGGACGGCAACGAGGAGGCAGAGUGUGUAGAGAUACUGACUGUUGAAGCUGUCGUUACCUGUUCAGAUGCAGAGCGCGCAGCUGCAGAUCGACAGAUCAGUGAAGACAUCUCGAACAUUGACGCAAGAAAUGCCGCGUCGAGUGCACAGGAUAUAAAAAGUGAAUGUGUCGAUGCGUCUGAUGAAGCUACGACUCGAGACGAUUGCGACUAUUGUGAGACCGCAGACCGAUGCGAAAUCGAGCAAACUGAAGAAAAGUCAGCAGAAGGAGAAGAUUUGCAGCAGGAAACGGACGCUGACGGAGGGAGUGAGAAGGGUCAUGAUGCUGAAGAAGAAGGUAUCAGCUGUGACAUGAAAGAGCAGCAAGAGUCAGUGCUCGACGUGAAAGAUGACUCGACAAGUGAGCAGACUCGCGAGCAGGUCGAGUAA